AUGAGCUCUUCAUCAACAUCUUCAUUAAAUCAAAGCCUUCUUGAUUUGGGAACACUUCACGUUCAGGAUUAUAUUAUUAUUUAUACAGGUGUUGUCAUUUUCUUUAUUCUCUUGGUUAUCGGGCUGAUCUCUGUCAAUUUAUUUCUCUUCAUUCUCUUCAAAGGACGAGCGCUUUUCGCUGAGUACGCUUUUUUCACGAUCGUUUGGCAAGUGAUCAUCGUGAAUGAGAUUCAUCUAAUAGCACAGGCGACUACCGUAUUCCCUCUAAUGAUCAUCAUUUCGACGCCAAAUUCGGCUCAAUUUCUCGUCAUUUGGAGCACGAUCGGGAUUGAGAUCAUCAAAUUUACCGCAAGCAGCCAUUAUUGCCUUUUCGUUGGAGAUGACUCGGAUCACAGAGACAGUGGUGGCUCGAGUGCAACCAUUGCUUUACAAUGUCGAGUGGGCGAUGUGGGUGGUGGGCAUUGUGGGAAG